UUCAUGUUGGGGAUGUACCAAGAACAUAAAUGUAACCCCCUACUGCCCCAGCAGACCACCCUCUCUCCUUUUCCUUCUUUCUAUCUUUCUUCCCCAACAUUUUCACUGCAUUUACUCUCAACUUUCUCAGGCUUUAAUUGCUCUCUGAGUUCUUCCCUUUUCAUGUAAGUCUUUUGUGGGUUUUCCCCCCACUUUGUCUUUUGCAUUUAUUUAAAGCAUUUAGACCAUUGGCAGUCAUGAACUACCUCUUGUUUGUUUCUGGCAAAAAAACCCAAAGAAUUCAAAGAUAUUUCAUAAAAGAUGGAAUCUUUGCUGCUUUGUGACGUUUAAAUCAGAACGUUGCGUGGCCCCACUAGCCUUUAAAUUCGGAUGAACCCUUGUUUUGCAUUCUACACUUUGUAGUGUUUGUUUUAUUGAGAAAAGAGAAUUUAUUUUGCAACCGCUUUGAACCAGUGAUCUUUGAAUUUACUCCAAACAGCGCUGAAGAAAAUGACUAAAGAUGAAGACUUUAAGCUACUCAAGAUCCAGACAUGUGUGCUGAGAGUGAACAUACAUUGUGAUGGGUGUAAGCAGAAAGUGAAGAAGAUUCUGCAGAAAAUUGAAGGAGUUUACCAGGUCAAUAUAGACAAUGACCAGCAGAAAGUGACAGUUUAUGGGAGUGUAGAAGCGCCAAAACUGAUCAAGAAACUGAUCAGUUCUGGGAAGCAUGCUGAGCUUUGGUCCAAUCCAAAGCCCAACCAGAACCAGAGGCAAAAGCCCAACAACAAUGCAAAUGAACCCAAGAACACCAACAACCAAAAUAACAGCAAAGCCCAAAAGCAGCAGGUUCUGAUGAAGCAGCUUGAAGCUAUGAAGAACCAGCAGCAGCAGAUCAACACCAAUUAUCCAUUCUUGGCAGAGUGUGAUGAGAUGGAAGCAGGAGGAGAAGAGUAUGGUGUGGAGGAGCUUAGGUUUUUCAGAGAACAGGCUGCUCAACAGCUCGCUUUUCUCAACCAUCAGAGAGCUCAGGCUAACAAUGCUAAGAAUUUAGCUGCUGCUGCUUCCCAUAAUGGUGGAAAUGUGAACACUAAAAAGGGAAAUAAUAAUAGUAGUAGCAAUAAUCCAGGAGGGAUUGAUGAGAAAACAUUGGCUGCAUGGAGGAUGAGUCUUGCUGAAGGGGGGAAGAUGAUGGGUGGUGGAAAUGACAUAAAUGCCAUGAUGAAUCUUGCAGGUUUCCAUGUCAACAAUGGUGGUGGUGGUGAUGAUGGAAACCAUCAUCUUGCUGCACUCUUGGCAGCAGCCCAGGGAAAUAACCACCUGGUGCAGCCAAACCAAAACAUUCUUGCCCAAGGGCAAAGUGGCCAUUACCCAGUUUCAAUGGCAGGGACAGGCCACCAUACUGGUGGGUAUCAUCACCACCCUUCAUCAGUGAUGAUGAACAUGCAGAACAGGAAUGCUGCAAUGCAAGCCCAGAUGAUGCACAAUAGGUCCCCUUUCAUCCCUCCAUCCACUGGCUACUACUACAACUAUGGUCAAUGUCAACCUCCAUACCCCACAUAUGUGGACCCCUACCUCCACUACCACCACCCCGCUAAUGAUCAGUCUGCUGUCAACGUAUCCAGUGAGGAGAACCCAGGAACCUGUUCAGUUAUGUAAUGUUCUCAUUUAGUAGCUGCCAUUUUAAUUAAGGGUAUUUAUGUAAUAACUUUAGUUCAGGUUGUGGUGAGAUGCCUCUUGUGAAAUGUUAUGUUAUCAAUGUGGGGACUGGAAUGAUCUUGAAAUAGAGGAGUCUUUUAGCGUGACCCUCUUUAUCUUGUCAGAUUUUAAGAAGUCAUUUUUUGACUUUCUUGCUAACAACCUAGUAGUUGUAAUUGUUAUCUUUUUGAAAAAGAAAUUGCCUGUGUUGAUAU